AUGAUGUUUCGACGUCUAGCCCUGACGCUCGCAGCAACAAGCAGCAUAGCAGCAACAGCCUGUAAAAACUGCACAAACUUCUCCCCCGAACCAAUCUCCUUAUCCCCAGCACCAUGGACACUCCACGGCGACGUCUACGGCCUCUUCCUCCUCCCCGGAUUCGGCAUCCCGCUUCUAGGAAACCAAAUCCCCUCCAAAGCAUUCCCUCCUCUGGAACGCGCGAAUCAAUCGUACAUUGCGGGGAACUAUAAAGGGAAAGUCGGGAUGUUGCAGGUUAUUCGUUAUACGGAUAGUCCUGUGGGUCCUUAUGAUGAGUUGUUGAUUGUUCCGGGGUUUUUUGAGUAUGAGAAUGAGGGGAUGRGGGAGCAGGCUGUGAGGGUUAGUAGGAUUUAUGUUUCGCAGAAGUAUACUGCGUGGAAUGGACGCGUUAACUGGAACAUUCCCAAACAUCUCGCCCGUUUCGACUGGACAUACGCCGACUCCGGCGCCGUCACCGUCAAAAUCUACCCCUACGACACCACAGGGGACUCCUCAGAAUCCUACCCGUCCAAAAAACCCUUCUUCCAAAUGACCUUCAACCCUCUCCUCCCAGACAACCUAGUCGGCAACGUCCUCAACUCCCUCCUUCCAGGAGCCGUGCCCGAAGGACUAGACCUCACCCUCGACGUACCCCUCACGACAAACCUCUACAAGAUCCUCGGAAUCAACGCCACGCUCGUCCAACCUCCUGUUCCUCAAGGCAAUGAUGCUUUCGGUGCCUUGGGAACCGGAGGUCCACAUUUCAAAUCUGUGAUCCCUGGACAGUUUUCUACUGAUGGGAGUGUCGGGUUGAUUAAUAUGGAUCAGUCUGGAGGAGAUGGGGAGCGGACGGGCAAGAAUGCGGUUGGGGAUGAAUUUUAUAAGAAUUUCUGGCCGGGUUUGCCGAAGAUUAAUGUUGGAGUGAGGCUGAAGGAUGCGGUCAUUACUUUCAGCGAGGCGAUUGAGAUGCCUAAUGUGAAGAUUCCGAGGAAGUCUCUCUUUUGGGCUUGA